UCGGUGACGUCAGUGUGAGCUCCGAGAGCGGCCAGCGUGCUCAUGAAUGAGACGCGCAGCGACAACGUGCAACUUGAACGCAACACGUCCAAGUUUCUCGACACUCUCGAUGCAAAUUUGAAGGCAGCAGAGGCAAGCUUCCAUUCCACACAUGUUGGAUUUCCAUUUCCAGGCAGGCGGACCUGAUUGAGGACGAAGCCUGGUCCAUGAGCAGCCCGAGCCCGUCGGACUGCGCCAUGCCGGAAGAUGGCGCUCAGGAUGCCAUGAAAACCCCGCCGAGCACGGAGAAAAGUGGCAGCGGAGGCGACGGGCCCGCCACCGGUGCCAGCGCGACGGUCAACAUCCCCCUGGUCAACGAGGUCCAGCUGGCAGCGGCGACGGGUGGCGCCGAGCUGUCGUGCUACCGCUGCACGGUGCCGUUCGGCGUGGUGGUUCUGAUUGCUGGCGUGGUGGUGACUGCGGUGGCGUACAGCUUCAACUCGCACGGCUCCACCAUCUCCUACUUGGGCCUGGUGCUGCUGGCGGCCGGACUGGCGCUGCUGGCGUCCAGCGCCGUCUGCUGGCGGCUCCGCCUGCAACGAAAGAAGGAGCGGCGGCGUGAGAGCCAGACCGUGCUGGUGACCAAUCAAAGGAGACUUUUCACCUGAGCGCCACCUGGUGAGACAACGGGGAACUGCAAGAACCUGAGUGGGGGACUCCUGCCACAUGGCUUGACUCCAAAUGUCAGGAAAGAUUUUGCAGUCUUGACAUUUUUUUGGGUCGACAGGGGAGGGUUGCCCUGGAUGCCCACUCGGGUACCCCCCCCCCCCUGUGCGCUCCUGCUCAUACCUCAAAUAUGCACUCACAAGGUUUCUUUUUCACCUUUUUGAGUUUGGGCCUGCGUGCGGGCAACACAGAGGACACUUUUAGUGCAAGUCCAGGAUGACUUGUUGACUCGUUCAAGCACUUUUGGAUGAACUGAAGGUACCGGAUGCUACGAGUGCUUACAACUUUGCCUUUCAUUCUCACAUGUGCUCCAAAUGUGCCUUGAAGAUCUUUUCAACAUCCACAACAUUGAAUUCAAGCCGAGCUUCGCUUGACAUAUUGCUCUAAUAAAUUUUCAUCCAUGUACAAACUAAUCCCAAUGACUCUAAAGGGCUUCUGACUCACAAGGAGUCGUCUUUUGUAUGAGACAAUGUAUGCUUAUUUGAAUAAAGUGGAACGAGGACAUGUC